AUGACUCCAAUCUACCAGCACAUCUUGGCCUUAGAAUUUGCCAUCACAGAGAUCAAUAGAAAUCCCAAUAUUUUACCCAAUCACACCCUGGGUUUUCAGAUCUAUAAUACCUACUUCAUGACAAGUUGGACAUAUCGGGCCUCACUGGAGCUUUUCUCUGUAAAGGGCCAGUUCAUCCCUAACUACAACUGUGAAACACAGCACAGACCAAUAGCAGUCAUUGGAGGACCUACUGCUGAUGUGUGUUUACACAUGGCUACCAUCUUGUCCCUCUACAAGAUACCACAGUUAAUCUAUGGUUCUCCUAUUGAAAAUAAUAGCAGAAGAGAGGCUGCUUCAUAUCUACAAAUUUCCCCAAAUAUAGACCAUCAAAAUAAGGGAAUUUUCCUAUUACUGCUGCAUUUUGGAUGGACAUGGAUUGGCAUAUUGACUGCAAAAUAUGACAGUGGAGAGAGGUUUGUACAAAAUGUGGUUCCCAUGUUAGCCCAGAAGGGGAUCUGCUCAGCCUUCAUUGAAAUAUUUCCAAUCGUUGGCUAUUCAAAUAGAAUUGCUGAGUUGGUAGAAUUGGGACUUGAAAUGUACAUGGUGGUUAUGAAAAGCACAGUUAAUGUAGUACUAGUUCAUGGUCAAAUUCAUGCCAUUAUAGUUCUGAGACUUCUGUCCACCAGUUUGAAAUCUGAAGAUUUACCAUUAUGGGAAAAAGGUAAAGUCUGGCUUCUGACAGCACAGGUGGGUUUCACCUCACUUCCCUUUCUAAGAAAUGGUGACUUAAUCUUCCUCCACGGUGCUCUGUCUUUUGCUAUUCACUCAGAGAAGGUGUCAGGAUUCCAGAAAUUUGUUCAGAUGAAGGACCCUAUCUUAGAAAAAGAAGAUAUUUUUAUCAAGCUCUUCUGGGAAAGUGCCUUUAAAUGUUCCUUCUCCAUCUCUGAAGUGGAGGAGGAAAAUGUGAUUCCCUGCACUGGAAAGGAGAAACUGUUAGCUCUUCCUACAUCUGUGUUUGAAAUGGACAUGACUGGCCACAGCUACAGCAUCUACAAUGCCAUCUAUGUGGUGGCACGUGGUUUGCAUGACUUCCAUUCAUCAAUAAUGCAAUACAGAGCUAGGGGGCAUGCAACCAAACUGGAACAUCUGGAUCAAAAUCUAUGGAAGGUUCAACCUCUAUCUUUGUGCAAUAGCAAUUGCCAUUCAGGUCAUGCCAGGCGCAAGAUAGAAGGGAAGGCAUUUUGUUGUUAUGAUUGCCUACGAUGUCCAUAUGGGAAAAUUGCCAACCAAGUUGACAUGGAUGAUUGUUUUCAAUGUCCAGCUGAUCAAUAUGCAAAUGUGAACCAGAAUUUGUGUCUUCCAAAGAUUGCAACAUUUUUGAUGUAUGGAGAAAUUUUAGGGAUCAUUUUGGCCAGUUCCGCUCUUUUGUUUUCUUUGGUCACAGUUGGAAUUCUUUGGAUCUUUAUUAAGCAUAAGGAUACUCCCAUAGUCAAAGCCAACAACCGGAAUCUCACCUAUGCUCUCCUUAUUGCUCUCCUCUUAUCUUUUCUUUCUUGUUUAUUAUUCCUUGGAAAACCUGACAAAGUGAGAUGUCUCCUUCGUCAAACUGGCUUUGGGAUCAUCUUCUCUGUGGCCAUUUCCUGUGUAUUGGCUAAAACCAUCACUGUAGUUCUGGCUUUCAUGGCCACUAAGCCUGGUUCUAAGAUAACCAAAUGGGUGGGGAGAAGAUUGGCCAUGUCCAUCGUGUUGGGCUGCAGCUUAAUUCAAGGAAUUAUUUGUACGAUAUGGCUGACAACCUCUCCACCAUUCACAGAUGCUGACACAAAUGCAGGGGCAGAAGAAAUAUUUCUGCAGUGUAAUGAAGGUUCAGUCUUCAUGUUCUACUGUGUCUUGGGCUAUAUGGGCUUCCUUGCCAUUAUUAGCUUUACGGUGGCUUUUCUAGCGAGAAAAUUGCCUGAUGCUUUCAAUGAAGCCAAGUUUAUCACCUUCAGUAUGUUGCUCUUCUGUAGUGUCUGGUUGUCCUUUGUUCCCACCUAUCUGAGUACCAAGGCAAAGUAUAUGGUUGCUGUGGAGAUCUUCUCUAUUAUUGCUUCUAGUGUUGGGUUAUUGGUUUGUAUUUUUUCCCCUAAGUGUUAUAUCAUUAUGUUGAGGCCUGAUCUAAACAACAAAAAACAGCUAAGACAAACCUACAGAAAAGCAUAA